AUGCUUUCCCUGACAAUGUACAAUAUCACAAGAUCCGUUUCGCUCAUCUUCUUCCUCUUAACACUCUUCACCAGUUCCAUCCAAUUGUAUCUCACAAUUUUCAAAGUGCAAAAAAUCGGCAGAAUCUAUCGCCACCUUUUGAUCACAUUUUCGUGCCUCGGCUUAUUUUUCUCUGCAAUCGAUGUGAUUGCACAUCCUUUUGUUCAUUCAUACAAGAAUUGCUUCAUAUUCUUCACAAUUAAUCCAUUUUUCGAUGAGAUUUGGCGAAAUUCUCUUCUCCGAAUCUUCGGGAGCACCUACUGCAUGCUAUUUUCCAUGCUAACCAUCCAAUUUAUCUAUCGAUAUUGGUUGCUGAUCGGAGAUAUCAGAAAAUUAAAGCUUUUCCAGGGAUACAAAUUAUCAAUUUGGUUAUUAGCCACCUUUCUGAAUGGUGUUAUUUGCUAUUAUUUAUUAGGAUUACUCACAAUGACAUCAGAUUCUUGGAAUUAUAUAUCGGAUGUCAUGAAAGAUCAAUAUAACAUCGAAGUUCAGGAUAAUUCAGCCUUCAUUUAUCUGAUUGAUAAUGUCAAAUUUGAACAUUAUAUUUUUGCGAUCUAUGUCUUGACAACUCUUGGUGCGCAGUACGCAAUAAUGAUUUAUUGUGGAUUUCGAACACAUUACAAGCUCAAUCAACAAGUUCACCACUUUUGCCCGCAAAAUCUACGAAUUCAAAAACAGUUAUUCGACACACUUGUUCGACAAAUCACAAUUCCUUCGAUUAUUUUCGAUUUUCCCGUUUUAUUCGUUUACAUCAUCCCAUUCUUCAACACAAAUAUUAAUAUUGAAUCUGGUAUACUUAUUGGAACUUUGAACUUUUUUAACCUCAUUGAUUCAAUGAUUUUUAUAUAUUCGGUCUCGGAAUAUUGGGAGUAUGUUACUAGUAAGUUUCAUUGA